ACUUGAAUGCAGCAUACGUCAUAUGGUAAAAAGGGACCGCUUUUCCCCACAACUCAAGAGAUCUCCCUUGAUAUUUUAACUAUUUGGCAGUUUCUUCAUUAAUUACCCAAAGCUAGUUGAUAAAAAAUAAUAACAAAAUAAACUUUGAGAACAUUGUCAGUGAAUGACCCACAGCAGCAGCGAGGUGAAGUCCAUCUGCAACCCUUGAACCGAACAUCUGUGAUCCACGAUCACAGAGCCGUGACGAGAAAAUAACCAUUCACAUUUUAUAUCAGAUUUUUAUGGAGGCUGUUUUGAACUGCAAACCAGAGGACUUGGAGGAUUACUACGGGUUAUUAGGGUGUGAUGAAUUGUCUUCGACUGAACAGAUUCUCAAUGAGUACAAGAUCCGAGCCUUGGCAUGUCACCCAGACAAACACCUAGACAGUCCAAGAGCAGUGGCAGAUUUUCAAAAGCUGCAGGAAGCCAAAGAGGUUUUAUGCAAUGAAACCAAAAGAAAAAACUAUGACCUUUGGAGAAGAAGUGGAAUUACUAUUCCUUUUCAUGACUGGCAAGCCCUGAAUGACUCUGUAAAAACUUCAAUGCACUGGGCUGUGAGAAAUAAGAAGGAACCAAUGUUGGAGGCCUCAAAUGCUCCUGUCGCUUCCCAAGCAAAGGACCUUCAUUCUGAGCCAGAAGCACAGAGGAUCGCUUCAUAUGAAGCCAUGCCAUCCGCAAGUGAUUACUGCCAUCGACGUUUCCGUUGGGCCGCUGACUCCCCAUCUAGUCUGCUGCAGAAGUUUAGAAAUUAUGAAAUAUAAAUAAAUCAGCCUUUUAAUUUUGUUUAAAUGUUUGUGUCUUCUUGUUGUCCUUAUUCAGUUGGGACCCUUUUAACUGUUUUGUUCAUCUCUGUGAAUAUGGUCCAGCUUUAAUUCACUAAACUUCUUCAUAAACUGAAAGAUUGUGAGCUGUAAAUGUGUUAGAUGUGUCAAAUAUGUUGUCAAAGAAAAAUCUGUAUAUAAGAUUAUGUGAAUCACUUAUUGUGUUGUUCAACAUACAGUUAACAUAUGAUUAUAGAUGAUACUGGUGUACCUUUUUAAUGCUGUAAUGUGUAUGUGUAUUUUGUGUUGCUGUCAAGCUCAUAAUGUUGGGAAUAUAAAUCUGAAGCAGAAUUGUUUUACUUAUGUGCGUUAUUUAAUGUAAACACCAUUUUUGUUUUUAUCCAAAGUAAUUCUUCAUUUUAAUGUUUGGUAUAAUUUAAUUAAUAAUAGUGUAUCAUAUUUUAUAAAGGGAUCAUGUUAUUUGUUGAAAAUCAUAAAGACUACACACACAUAGUCCAGCCACACAGGUGAUAUUACUUGUUGCCUAAUUAGCCCUGUCCUCAGGACUGUGUGGGCAUGUACAAUCUCGCAGAUGAUUAGUUUGUUUCUCAUUUGGCUGUAAUCAGUCUAAUCAACCAGGAAUGGAAACACCUGUGUGUUGGUGCAGAGUCAUUUGUUAAAUAAAUGUGAUGAAGUAAAAAAUAAAGUAGCCUAUUCCUCUCUGAA